AGCUGCCCUUCUCCCUCCUCCGCCCUUCCUUCCCUCCGUCCCUCCUCCCCUGCCCCGCCUUCCUUUCUCUCUCUCCGGUUUCACUCACUGAGAGCUCCAGGUAGUGAGCAGUUCAGUAGAUUUCCUCAUUACCCAGCCCCUCUUUCUCUUGUCCCUCCCCACCAUCUGCCUGGUGGAGGAUGAAGGGGCUGCAGUGGUCCCAGCGUAUACAGCGGCACCGGCGGUGGCUGCGGUGUGGGUGGCCGGAACUGGGGUGGUGAAGAAGCGGUGGUGGUGUCUAAAGGAGCGAUAGCCGCCUCAGCCUCUUUCCCUGUGCUUCCUAUCUUCUUUAGUGCAGUCAGGAAGUUUUCGCUUCUGUACGUGUGUGUGUGCGUGAGUGUGGGUGUGUGCAGUGAGGUUUGGGUGGCGUUUGUGCAGGCGUUGGGUUUUUUGCCCACUUCGCUUCCCGUAACCCAGGCAGCUCCGGAGCCUGGGCUGUGGCCCUGGGAGGGGGCGCGGCGGCCGGCUCUCUCCUUUUGUUGUUGUUUCCUCCGCCUGGGGAGCUGAAGGGGAGACGCGCCUGGGUGGGGCGGCUCGGAACCCGGGCCUGGUGGCCCCCGGGGCUCCCGGGCGGGCAGUGUAGGGCAGAGUAGAGCGGGCUUCAACAUGAUGGCGGCCGAGGCCGGCAGUGAGGAAGGCGGCCCGGUAACUGCCGGAGCAGGGGGAGGCGGCGCGGCUGCGGGCUCCAGUGCCUAUCCCGCAGUGUGUCGGGUGAGGAUACCCGCGGCCCUGCCAGUGGCAGCCGCCCCCUAUCCUGGGCUGGUGGAGACCGGAGUGGCUGGGACUCUGGGUGGCGGAGCCGCUUUGGGGUCAGGGUUCCUAGGAACCGGGUCUGUGGCAGGGGCAUUGGGGGGAGCCGGACUGACAGGCGGAGGUACUGCUGCUGGCGUGGCUGGUGCUGCUGCUGGCGUGGCCGGUGCUGCUGCUGCUGCUGCUGCUGCUGCUGCUGGACCUAGUGGAGACAUGUCUCUCACCAAGCUGCUCACUUCGUUGCCUGCUGAGACUCUCGGACCAGGAGGUGUAUUUCCCCCUCUGCCUCCUCCCCCUCACCUGCCCCCUUUGGGGGCGGGUCUGGGGACAGUGGACGAAGGUGACUCUCUGGAUGGACCAGAAUACGAGGAGGAAGAGGUGGCCAUACCGUUGACCGCUCCUCCAACUAACCAGUAAGUUGAGACUGCUCUUCAGUAAGUUGAGACUGCUCUUCAGUAAGUUAAGACUGCUCUUCAGUUAAGUUAAGACUGCUCUUCAGAAUGUGUGAAGCUGUCUCCAGGAAAGAGAGAAUGAAGGGGUGGUAUCAUGGAAAACUUGAUAGAACGAUAGCAGAAGAACGCCUCAGGCAGGCAGGAAAAUCUGGCAGUUAUCUUAUAAGAGAGAGUGAUCGGAGGCCAGGGUCCUUUGUACUUUCAUUUCUUAGCCAGAUGAAUGUUGUCAACCAUUUUAGGAUUAUUGCUAUGUGUGGUGAUUACUACAUUGGUGGAAGACGUUUUUCUUCACUGUCAGAUCUAAUAGGUUAUUACAGUCAUGUUUCUUGUUUGCUUAAAGGAGAAAAAUUGCUUUAUCCAGUUGCACCACCAGAGCCAGUAGAAGAUAGAAGACGUGUACGAGCUAUUCUGCCUUACACAAAAGUACCAGACACUGAUGAAAUAAGUUUCCUAAAGGGAGAUAUGUUCAUUGUUCAUAAUGAAUUAGAAGAUGGAUGGAUGUGGGUUACAAAUCUAAGAACAGAUGAACAAGGCCUUAUUGUUGAAGACCUAGUAGAAGAGGUGGGCCGGGAAGAAGAUCCACAUGAAGGAAAAAUAUGGUUCCAUGGGAAGAUUUCCAAACAAGAAGCUUACAAUUUACUAAUGACAGUUGGUCAAGUCUGCAGUUUUCUUGUGAGGCCCUCAGAUAAUACUCCUGGUGAUUAUUCACUUUAUUUUCGGACCAGUGAAAAUAUUCAGCGAUUUAAAAUAUGUCCAACACCAAACAAUCAGUUUAUGAUGGGAGGCCGGUAUUAUAACAGCAUUGGGGACAUCAUAGAUCACUAUCGAAAAGAACAGAUUGUUGAAGGGUAUUAUCUUAAGGAACCUGUACCAAUGCAGGAUCAAGAACAAGUACUCAAUGACACAGUGGAUGGCAAGGAAAUCUAUAAUACCAUCCGUCGUAAAACAAAGGAUGCCUUUUAUAAAAAUAUUGUUAAGAAAGGUUAUCUUCUGAAAAAGGGCAAAGGAAAACGUUGGAAAAAUUUGUACUUUAUCUUAGAGGGUAGUGAUGCCCAACUUAUUUAUUUCGAAAGUGAAAAACGAGCUACAAAACCAAAAGGAUUAAUAGAUCUCAGUGUCUGUUCUGUCUAUGUUGUUCACGAUAGUCUCUUUGACAGGCCAAACUGUUUUCAGAUAGUAGUUCAGCACUUUAGUGAAGAACAUUACAUCUUUUACUUUGCAGGAGAAACUCCAGAACAAGCAGAGGAUUGGAUGAAAGCUCUGCAGGCAUUUUGCAGUUUACGGAAAAGUAGUCCAGGGACAUCCAAUAAACGCCUUCGUCAGGUCAGCAGCCUUGUUUUACAUAUUGAAGAAGCCCAUAAACUCCCAGUAAAACAUUUUACUAAUCCAUAUUGUAACAUCUACCUGAAUAGUGUCCAAGUAGCAAAAACUCAUGCAAGGGAAGGGCAAAACCCAGUAUGGUCAGAAGAAUUUGUCUUUGAUGAUCUUCCUCCUGACAUCAAUAGAUUUGAAAUAACUCUUAGUAAUAAAACAAAGAAAAGCAAAGAUCCUGAUAUCUUAUUUAUGCGUUGCCAGUUGAGCCGAUUACAGAAAGGGCAUGCCACAGAUGAAUGGUUUUUGCUCAGCUCCCAUAUACCAUUAAAAGGUAUUGAACCAGGGUCCCUGCGUGUUCGAGCACGAUAUUCUAUGGAAAAAAUCAUGCCAGAAGAAGAGUACAGUGAAUUUAAAGAGCUUAUACUGCAAAAGGAACUUCAUGUAGUCUAUGCUUUAUCACAUGUAUGUGGACAAGACCGAACACUACUGGCCAGCAUCCUACUGAGGAUUUUUCUUCAUGAAAAGCUUGAAUCGUUGUUGUUAUGCACACUAAAUGACAGAGAAAUAAGCAUGGAAGAUGAAGCCACUACCCUAUUUCGAGCCACAACACUUGCAAGCACCUUGAUGGAGCAGUAUAUGAAAGCCACUGCUACACAGUUUGUUCAUCAUGCUUUGAAAGACUCUAUUUUAAAGAUAAUGGAAAGCAAGCAGUCUUGUGAGUUAAGUCCAUCAAAGUUGGAAAAAAAUGAAGAUGUGAACACUAAUUUAGCACACCUAUUGAACAUACUUUCAGAGCUUGUGGAGAAAAUAUUCAUGGCUUCAGAAAUACUUCCACCGACACUGAGAUAUAUUUAUGGGUGUUUACAAAAAUCUGUUCAGGAUAAGUGGCCUACAAAUACCACCAUGAGAACAAGAGUUGUUAGUGGUUUUGUUUUUCUUCGACUUAUCUGUCCUGCCAUCCUGAAUCCACGGAUGUUCAAUAUCAUCUCAGAUUCCCCAUCUCCUAUUGCUGCAAGAACACUGACAUUGGUGGCUAAAUCUGUGCAAAAUUUAGCAAACCUUGUGGAAUUUGGAGCUAAGGAGCCCUACAUGGAAGGUGUCAAUCCAUUCAUCAAAAGCAACAAACAUCGUAUGAUCAUGUUUCUAGAUGAACUUGGGAAUGUGCCUGAACUUCCGGACACUACAGAGCAUCCUAGAACUGACCUGUCCCGUGAUUUAGCAGCACUGCAUGAGAUUUGUGUGGCUCAUUCAGAUGAACUUCGAACACUCAGUAAUGAGCGUGGUGCACAGCAGCACGUCUUGAAAAAGCUUCUGGCUAUAACAGAACUGCUUCAACAAAAACAACACCAGUAUACAAAAACCAAUGAUGUCAGGUAGCAGCCUUCGCCCCACUGUUCUGCAUGGAUUCGGCAUGUGCAGUAUGGUAAUUCACAUCAGUAUAAUGUCUCCUUUGCUCUUGCCAAAAAACAGCACACCUUUCCACAUUCCAGUGAUGUGUGAGCUAUGCAAACAAAAUCUAAGAUUCUGCUGUUGAGUAACUGUGCCAGCAACCUUGUAUGCUAUCUGUGCAGGCUAUUUGCACUUUUUCCACAUGGAAUCAAUCUUUAACAACCUCUGAGCCUUGGUUUACAGAUCACCUUUCACAAAAUGAAAUGCUAUGACUGUAUCUUGAACUUUGAAAAUAUAUUUUCAGUACACCCAGUUGCCAAAGUUUUCCUGUCUCUUGGAGGAAGAACUAUGAAAUCAACUGACAAAAAAGCAUUCUCUUAUGUGUAUAACUGGAUUGCAGACUGUUCUCACUGUAAUUACUUCCUGAUUAGGAAAUACGACCAUUUGACUGUUCAAUGAUUAUUUGUAUUUACAGUUUCCAGAGUUUGUCAUUAUAACAGGAACAAUCUUUGCUGUAUACGUUUAAAAAACAUUGUGCUAUUUCUCUUGCUGGAACUGUUGAAAGAAAAUAUAUAAAAUGAUCUAUUGCUCGUCAGCUUUAUUUUUUAAACAUACUACUUAUUUUGAAAUUGUCAAAGACUGUAUUUAGAUCUCAUAAUGCUUUGUUAAAUGUUUACUACAGUAAAUAGUUUGAAUUCAGUAAAUAUUACUGGUUUAUUGUAUUGAUCAAUGCAUGUCACCCAUGCAACCAUUUUAUAAACUACCAAUUUCUUUUAUGUUAACUAGAAUGCUUUUGUUAAACGUAUUUGUUCAUUAUUUGUGCUACCCCUUUGAUUAUGCAGACAACCUCAUCAGCUGCUUAACUUAUCCAUCUUUGAACUUCUGACUACUUGUUGUAUCUGCUGGAUAUUUAGUUCAACUGUAUAGUUUUAUUUACUUCUGUAUGUGCAUUUUCGUGAAGUAUUCACAAAGGCUAAGUUAAAAUAAAACCAAGGGAUAUCUUGCA